GUAGGCAGGGGAGAAAGAGAGAGGGAGGCAAGAGGUGGAUGAACGGGUGGUUAAGACAUGAAGGUGUAGCCUAAUCUACAGAGACAGCUAAACGACGGGGUUAUUUCCAUAAAUGCUUUUCACGGGGCUUUGCUGUUUAUUCUUAGCAGAGCAAGCCGGGAGUCAUUCACUGUUUCUGACGCGUAAGGCUGCCGUUGGGCACCAGCGCCGAUAAAGGAUGAUAUGUUUGAUUAAAUAGCAUAAAUAUUAACAAAGUAUAGCUCAAAUCUAGAAGAAACAGAAGGAGGCAAACUAUGAUCAGAGGAUGAUUUCUUCAAAGAAAACUCCGGAGAAGAGUCGUUUUCCUAUCCACUAUUUGGUGUGGCACAACAAACACCGACAGCUGGAGAAAGAGCUGGCAGCGAACGAGCAGACAGAUUUAGAGCUUCUGGACCCUCGGGGCCGGACCCCUCUCCACCUGGCGGUCACACUGGGCCACCUGGACUGUGCCAGGAUCCUGCUGCAGCACGGAGCUGACGUCAGCAAGGAGAACCGCAACGGAUGGACCGUUCUUCAGGAGGCGGUGAGCACAAAAGAUCCGGAGUUGGUGCGUCUCGUGCUUCGUUACCGUGACUACCAGAGGACUGCCAAGAGACUGGCAGGCAUCCCCGUCCUGCUGGAGCGUCUGCGCCAAGCCCAGGAUUUCUACGUGGAGAUGAAAUGGGAGUUUACCAGCUGGGUGCCCCUGGUGUCUCGUAUCUGCCCCAGCGACACCUACAGAGUUUGGAAGAGCGGUCAGUGUCUCCGCGUCGACACCACGCUGAUGGGCUUUGAACAGAUGACCUGGCAGAGAGGAAACCGGAGCUUCAUCUUCAAGGGACUAGACUCCAGCGCAGAGGUGAUGGAGGUCGACCAUGACAGGCAGCUUGUCUUCUGCGAGACCUUGUGCGUCUCGUCUCUGGCGGCGCUCUCACCCGGCCGGGGGAACGGCGGCGCUUGCAGCAGCAACGACGCAGGUUUGGGCCUUCUGGGGGCGAUGCAGCCCAGCGACGAGCAGGUCGCAGCCAGGCUGUCGGCCCCCGUGGUCACCACCCAGCUGGACACCCGCAACAUCGCCUUCGAGAGGAACAAGACGGGAAUAUUAGGCUGGAGGAGCGAGAAGACUGAGACGGUGAAUGGAUAUGAAGCCAAGGUGUACGCAGCAUCCAACGUGGAGCUUAUCACCAGGACCAGAACUGACCAUCUGUCAGACCAGAACAAGAACAAAACAAAAGGUGGGAAGACUCCUCUGCAGAACUUCCUGGGGAUAGCUGAGCAACACAUGGGGCCCAACAACGGGGCUCUUGUGACACAGAUGUCGAGUCCCGCUAAGACCAACCCUGAAGCGCUGACGGCUGAGGAAUACUUCAACCCCAACUCGUCUCUGAGUCAGAGGGACAUCGGCCACCAGUGCCAGCUCACCACCAAGACCCAGAGGUUUAAAGCCAAGUUGUGGCUGUGUGAGUCCCAUCCUCUGUCCCUGGCGGAACAAGUGGUGCCUAUCAUCGAUCUCAUGGCCAUCUCCAACGCACUGUUUGCUAAGCUGCGUGACUUUAUCACUCUGCGUUUGCCGCCUGGCUUCCCCGUCAAGAUCGAAAUCCCUCUCUACCACAUCCUGAACGCCAGGAUCACCUUCAGCAACCUGAACGGCUGCGAGGAGGGGACGGGCGUUCGCACGGACAACGAGGUGGGGGUGGAGGGGGACGGACAGAGGGACCCCCCCAGGACAGACACCCCGUCUCCAGGCAGCGACUCCUCCAGCGUCUCCAGCUCCAGCUCCACCAUGUCAUGUCGAGCCGGAGAGAUCCCCCCGUGUGUGUUUGAGCCCCCGCCUGGAUACUCCAUGAUGGGGGGGAAACAGAGAGACAGCAUGAGGGAUGAGGAGGAGGACCUGCUGCAGUUCGCCAUACAGCAGAGUCUGCUGGAGGCCGGCUCUGAAUUCGAUCAGGUGACCAUCUGGGAGGCGCUGACCAAUAGCAAGCCAGGAACACACACGCCGUCCUGUGAUCCGAGUCGUCUGGAGAGGACCCCCCAGCACAAGCCCCGCCCCCCCUCCAGCCUCUGCUCCACCCCCUCCAAGAAGCAGCCGUCCACCUGCAGCUAUGACGAGCAGCUGCGCAUCGCCAUGGAGAUCUCAGCUCGGGAGCAGGACGAGGCGGAAAAUCGGCGGCGACAAGAAGAGACAGAGCUACGGCACAUCAUCGAGCUGUCACUCAUGGAGAAAUGAGAUCUGAGUGGCCCAGCAGGGGUCUGAGGGGAGGGGUCUGGACCAAGGACUCAUGGGAGAGAAGGGCAGUGCAGGCUACUUAAACUUAAAGGGAAAAUAAUCCACCUUUUAUGUCAAUUGGAACAAUACAUUCCUGAGUGUGUGCUAUAUUGACAGACAAAGUUAACACUGAUGCCCAAAGUUAACACUGAUGCCCAGGGUCCCCACUGGCCAUAUUUUUUGUGCUGCUAAUGCCGUUUAGUCUGGCUCAAAUAACGACGGCUGAACAUCCAAAUCCAUACUGUAAAUGUAUCCUCAUCCAUUAUAUCUUCUCCACACAUUUUCGGAUGCCAUGUUUGCUGUCAGUAAAGUAUCUUGUUUGCAAUUCAAGCAAAGACAACAAGGAAGUUCUGUUUCUGAAUGACAUUUAAAACAACCCCAAGGCUAGCAAGAGAAUUACACACUGUACCAGCCUGUAGUUCUUCCACUGAGUCACUUUAAAUGAUGCCAGUGAAUGCAGGAAGAACACGUAUUUUUAGCUCCAAUUUCUCUCUCAAUAUAGCACGCACUAAUUGCUUCAAUUGGCCACAUUUACCAUCAAAACUGGUUUGGACAUUCCCAUAAAAGUUGGCAAAUGUAAAUGGCCUCAGACAGCCAGAGAGGGACUUCAGUUUCCUCUUUCUGGUGCCACACGGUACUUUGUGUGACAAGUUUACAACCAACAAUGCAUCCAAUACAACAAGUUCAGUGGAAUGCCUUCUUGGGUGACUGAUUUCUGUCUGUUUGCAGGUGCGUGUGUGUGUGUGUGUGUGUGUGUGUGUGCAUAUGUGUGUGUGUUUCCAAACCAGCUCUCCGCACAGGGGUCAACAGAUCACCUUCAAUACUGAACAUGUAUAUUGUAAAGCCAACUCUCUGCUCCGGCACUAACACACACACUCUAGUGUGGGAGUACUUUGACCUUAUUGGUCAAGUUGAGUUGAGUGUCGACAAACCAUUUGACUUCCUCAGUUUUGAGGGAAAAUGUUUCAAAAAACGGAUUGGUAUGUUUCUUUUUUUUUCUCACAAAAUCCAGAUGUACUGUACUAAGCUUGUUGGCGGAUCACAUAUUGACUGUUAAUGGAUGUAGAUGACGAGUUUGAGCACAAGCUAAGCUCUAGUUUUAGCCUGACGUUAGACAGCAGGAGCACAGAUAUGAGACAGCCAGAUAAACACUUUGUGUACUAACUAACAUGUAUGUGACGGUGAAUGAGUUGUGGCCGGCCGUUGUAACAAACAAUAAAGGGACCUGAUAGCGGUUUUCAAUCGAAUGGUGGAAUAGAAAUGUUACAGAAAGAGGUUUUCUGUAUCUUUGCAUCCUCUCACCUUACAUGAGCGGAUCUUUUCUGUAUUUCUGUGUAGUUACGGUCGAUGUUUGUACAAUAUUUCAGCAUGGUCUGCACCUGUGUGAGGUUCAUUUUGUCUAGCCUGGAGACCGGCAAUGGUUAAUCAAGCUUUGGCAGGGAACAUGUGCCCAAAAGAAUCACUUUAAAAUCUAUUGACAGCAAUUACCCAAAUAGAAAGUUGUUUCCAUAAAUACAAGCAAAUGUAAAAUUGCACAUUGAGCAAAUGUGAACCUUUCAGUUCCUGGAUUUGGAAAGAUUGUUCAACAUUGCUCUCAUAAUUGUAAGUAACUUCAUGUUGCAGGGUUCAAGGCUAGCCCAACACUGAUGAACAUGUUUUGUUGCAAGGGACAAGGACGGCUUGUUUAUUCCUUUUCUUUUUGUAUCAUCUUUUGAAAGAAAUGUAACACUCCUAUAUCAGCACAAACUGAGGAUAACCACCUCUGCCUCCUAUCUACAAUUCCCAUUCAGCUUGCCUGGUUGAUAAAAAAAAAAGGAAAUGUUAAUUUUUUUACUUUUAAAAAAAUGUUGCAGAAAUGUUUUCAUGGUGUAUGCUGGGAAGUGAGUUCAGAUAAUGAUUCAAAUAAAGACACAUCUUUUGGAACAGCA